GAUGAAUUAAGUUUAUGACCGGUAACCUAUCACACCAGUCUUCUUGGGGAAGCAUCAAUAAUUGGUGCGUGGAACAUUACAAAAGGUAUGAUGUAGUUGUGGAAAUUAAUUACUCCGAAAAAGUGAAGAAAUUAAAGCAAAAGCUCGCCGCCGCCACUGAGUUUCUCCAUCUCUUCCUUGAACGCAGGCAUGGCAUCUUCCUGCACGUACACCAACACCUUAAACCCAUCCUGCUUAGCUCCAGCAGAGGCGGCGGCGGAGUAGGGCAAGAAGUAGCAAGGCGCCACCCCACCGAGCAAGUGCCUAGUGAGAGGGAAGACGGUGACGGGGCCACCCCAGCCGAAGUCGACGGUGGCGUGGCCGAUGUGGCGCCAGUCGGUGAAGCCGCUCACCUGGUUCCCGGGAGUGAUCCCUUGGUGGAAAUGAAGCUCUUGGAAGUCGAUGAAGGAGCGGACAUAGUCGUCGGUGGUGUUGAACUUGCUACGGUUGAUCAACUCUGCCGUCUUCCACAGCGGCUGUCGAAUGAGAUCAGCAGCGGCGAGCUGGACGUACAUGGGGACGCAGCCAUUGCCCCAAUAACCUAACGGAAGCGGGGGCUUCACCUUUCUCCUUAUGUUGCUCUGAGGUUUGGGUGAGAAAUUUCUCUACAUUUUUGGCCACUGGUGGCCGGCGAGUGGUGGCAAGCGGCAGCGAGCGGAGGCAUCCACCAGUGAGCAGCGGCCAGGAUGAUAUUAAUAACACUCAGAUGGCAUUUCAACUACAAGGUGACACUUGAGUAAUUGUCACACAAGAUUGAUCUAAGUUUAGAUCUGAGAUCUACAGUGGUUGACUUAGUGGAAGUGGUGGUGACGCCUGAGUUCUCACUGCUCACGCAGAUGAGUCACACUGAUGUUGGAUGAGGCGGCGAUAUCAUCAGAUGUGGCGAUGAUGACGUCGGAGAUGAGGUCAGAGAUGAGGCGGCCACCGGCAAGGGUGUAUGAGGUCAGAGAUUCAGAGGCUACCGGCGCCUGUAGUGGUGCGGCGCCUACGCUGGUGGUAGCGGUGGAGGUGGCAUCGGAGAUGUUCACUGGGAACCGUAGCUUCUUAUAUCUUCUUUUAGUAUUCUAGUUCAUAUUAUUAAUAAAUAUACUAAUUUAUUCAUUAAGGGUAUUGAUGUCAACUCAUCUCUCUUAAAUCCUACGGAAGUAAAGGAAAAUUUAAA